AGUUGAUGAUAGAGAAGGGUCUACUCAGACAGGCUGAUCCGGGUAUCUAUCAUGUGUUACCAUUUGCCAUGAGGGCAGUAGAGAAGUUGACCAAGUUAGUGGAUGAACAUAUGUCAGCAGUUGGAGCGCAGAAGAUGGUAAUGCCAACCCUUGGGUCUGCAGCACUUUGGAAAAAGUCUGGAAGGUGGGAUGGAAUGGGUUCAGAAUUAUUCAAACUGAAAGAUCGUCAUGAUGUUGAUCAUUGUUUAAGUCCAACUCAUGAAGAAGCGAUUACAAGUCUUGUUGCGGCAGAUAUAAACCUGUCGUACAGAAACCUUCCCUUAAGGCUUUAUCAGAUUACUCAAAAAUUUCGGGAUGAGAGGAGACCAAGGUACGGCUUACUGAGAGCAAGAGAAUUCCUGAUGAAAGAUCUGUACACAUUUGAUACAUGUAUUGAGAGUGCUAUGCUAUGUUAUGAAGCAGUUUGCGAUGCAUAUGCCAGUCUUUUUGAUAGAUUACAACUGGAUUAUGUUAAAGUGAAAGGUGAUACGGGUGCAAUAGGGGGAAGUCUAUCUCAUGAGUUCCAUCUUCUGUCAUCAAUGGGAGAAGAUGAGGUUUACACCUGCAAAGAGUGUGGGCAUGGUGCUAAUGUUGAAACUACAGUGAAUGGCCAACCAGAAUGUGCUAUGAAGAAAGCUAGUGCAGAUUGUGGGAUGAUAAAGGCAAAAGGAAUUGAAGUUGGGCAUGCAUUCUACCUUGGCAAAAAAUACUCGGAAGUGUUUAACACUCAGUUUAGAAAUGACAAGCAGCAGACACAACUGGUAGAGAUGGGGUGCUAUGGACUUGGUGUGACUAGAAUUGUAGCUGCCGCCAUUGAGGUACUGUCAACUGACACUGAGAUCAGGUGGCCUAAUGCCAUUGCCCCUUAUCAGAUCUGCAUCAUUCUACCAAAGGAAGGAUCAAAGGAAGAUAGUGCAACAUCUACUUGUUUGACAUUGCAUGACAAACUAAUCACAGAUGUCAGUUGCUUGAAAGGAGAGAUAGUGUUGGAUGAUAGACAAAAUUUAAGUAUUGGAAAGCGUUUGAACAACGCUUAUUGCCUUGGUUACCCAUUGAUAGUAGUAUGUGGUAAAGGGCUUUUACAAGAUGAACCAAUGUUUGAAGUUCACCUCUUGAAUACUGGCGAGAAGAAAUUCACGUCCAUGGAUGAAUUAAUUCAGGAAGCCUCACAACUUGCGCAUAAUUUAUGACGACGAUGAAAGAUCAACUACUAUUAGCUACCAUCAUGAACAUUUUGCUGGUGUGUAUUGUAAGGAGUGUAGAAGUGUGGUAGUAUGGGAAUCUAAUGCACUAUUUUAAAGCCGGGCAUUCACUGCAUCAUACAACGGCCGAUGACAACUCCCACUGCGCUCACUACGAGUGUUCGGUAAAGUGACACUUUCAGCUGAUUGUCUGCAGCAGUCUGAAUGGAUCCUCAUAAAAUAUCCGUUGCAUUGUGUUAUCCAUAGAAUCACGUCGGCUAAUGACCAUCUGGAUUCAACAGUUGCUGGUUGCAGCAGCCAGUAUUCCAAAGGGAGGGGAAGGGAAGAGGAGGGGA